AUGGCAGCCGAUGAAUCAUUAAUUGAUUCCUCAUCGCCACCGCCAUCCACCUCGAAUUUCACGUUUUUCGAGACGAAAGACGAUGUUUUUCUGUGCGAUUUUGAGAAAUUGGCGAUUGAUUGUGAUAGAGUUCAGGUUAGACUUAUGUUAAAAUUGAUAAAUGAGCUAGGAAAUUUGAGAAGUUCUAAUGAAAAUGGGACCUAACGAAGCCUUUUUUUUCGAAAAAGUCAAUUUUUGCAGCAACAAAAAGCUGUGCAGAAAAUGUCACCAACGGGUGGAAAUUACGAAUUGAGAACACCGAAAUAUAAGCAAGGAAGAUUCACACCGUAUUCAGUACCGAUUAAUAUGCGGUGAGUGGUUUUUUCUCAUUUUCAAAGAGCCUAUAUCGAAUGUUUUCAGAUGGCGCCGAUUGAGUUUGAGCAACUCUUCGAAUGACCCCGAAACUAUGUCGAAGGCGAUUUUGAAAGGAGAUGUUGAACCGUUGAAAUUGUGUCUUAUUGAUAGGUUUGUUGGGAUUUUUUGAGGGGAUUUUGGGCGUGGGAGAGGAAAAAUAUUGUAUUUUUUAUUCUUAAAUUCUAGAAAAAUCGAAUUUUUGAACAAGUUUUUGAUUUAGAAGAAGAAAAAGAAAGUGAAAAAUUGCGAAUUUAUGUUUUCUUCCGAACCUGGAGGCUGAGCAAUUCAAAAAAUCUGAUUGCUCAUGUUAAUCCAUAAAAUUGAGCUAUAUUAAAAAUCGGAAAAUUGAAGUGGCUCCAAAAAAUACGAUUGCUCAUAUUAAUUGAAGCCUGAAUUCUGGAGAAAUUCAGGUUUUUUUCAAUUUUCCAAUUUUCGAAGAGGAAAUUGAGCUUCUGAAAAAGAAUUCUGUAAUUAUGAGAAAAAAAUUCCGAAAUUUUUACGUUUCAAAAUUUUGACAAAUUUUUUAUAUUUAAUCUCAUGUGUUUUUCGGAGUUUUGAUACAAACUAUAAAUCAAUAAAAUUCUAUUUUCAAAAAAAAAAUCACUGUUUCAAAAUUUCAAAACUUAUUUUUCUCUAGACUUGUGUAAAAUACAAAAUUUCAAAGAAAACCUGGAAAUCUAGAGAUUUUUCAAGAAAAAAACUUGAAAUUUUGCCUGGGAACAUUCUAAAGAUUUUCUAGAAUUCACAAGAAUCUGUGAAAUUCCAGAGUUUUUUUCAAUUUGAAAAAUUUUUCGUACUGAAUUUUCAAAAUUAAAUUUAGAUUCAGGAAAAAUCGCGUGUCGCUCAAAUAUAGCUUCUUGGAUAGAAAAAACUUGAAAUUAAAAUUUCAAGUCAAAAUUGCAGAUAAGGUAUUCAAAAAUUAGAAGCCCAAAUUUUGAAACAUCAGAACUUCGGAAAAUUUCACAAAAAAAAAUGUAUUUUUUCAAGUUCACGCUUUCAUUCCCCCAAAAAAUCUCCAAAAUCCUAAAUCUUUUGCAGAAAAGAUCUCACAAAUGCUCCAUGCAGUGUUCAAGCAGCUCGUCCUCCAUCUCCAGACGAAGACGUCGACGAGUUAUCCGAGUAUUUUGCUCAUUUUGUACGUGUCGAAUCAAAAAUGUCGGCUUUAGCCGAAUCAAUGUAUGUUUGA